AUGAAUAGUAUAGCAGAAAUCGAAAGACGUCAAAGUGAACAUUUUAAGAAGUGUAACAGCACGAAGAAGAAUAAAAAACGAGUUUGCGAUUUCCGUAACUUCUCCAAUCAUAGGAGGGUUAAAAAAACAGCUGACAGCAGAAGUGACAGAGGAAACAAACAUUGGGAUGCAAACGCGGUAAAAAAUAGAGCGAUUUUUUUACACCGAAAGUUUUUUAAAUCUUUAAAACAAAUGGAGACAAAUAAAGGGGAACAAAAAAAAACUUUUUUGAAAAAUUGGAACAUCAAUUAUUUAUCCAACAAUUUGAGCGCGUUUAUGAAGGGUGCGGAAAACGUUGCUGGGGACAGGGGUCACAGCGCUAAAAGCGGGUACAAUGGUAAAGGAGGCCUUAGUGGGCGAAGCGCGAACAGCUUCAACCACUGCUUUCUCAGCAGGAAUGUCGACUCGGAAAUGGGCGGCGACGGUCAUAAUGAGUGCAGCGGUCAUAGUGAGGUGGGCGGCCACGGAGAAGGGUCUAGCGAAGUGUACAGUCAAGUGAAUCACCGCAACGUCUACACUCCCGAGCAGAAUAGCCCUAACUUGCCCCACACAGCGUACAAACAGGUACAGGGCAACGCCCCAAAUGUAAACAACUUCCAUCCUUAUGAACAUGUCCAGUCAUCAACAAAGGAACAUAAUCACUACGCCGACAUCCGAGGGGUAUUGGAGAAGAUAAAGAGCAGGAGUAGUCUAUCCAAUUUUGUAGGAACUGUGAUUCAGGACGGCGUCAACGUUGUUAGCGACAAAAUUGGUUCUUUCAGCGAGAGCGGCUACGCGGAAGACCCGAGCAGAAGCGACGACUGGAGUAAUCACAUCGGAAGCGCACAUUAUAGCAGGGUCAAAUACGACUUUCCCUACGGAGAUCAAACCGGAGAAAACGAAAAAUACCAUAUAGCAUCGAGCAAUAACAGAACCACUGGUAAUAGUAGCAGCCAAAAUAACGGCAAUGGGAAUAGCCAACAGAGCGGAAAGGGUGGAAGUAGCACCCAAAAUAACUAUAACAAUAAGGACACGGGGGGGGGAGGCACCAACAGCAACAACUACAACCAUAGCGGUAGCGGCGGUUAUAACAACAGUGCCAGUGGGUAUGCAAAUGGCAGAUUCCCUAAUGGAGCAGGGGGCAACGAAAACAAUGAUGGUGGCGACGGUGAUGAGGAUGGUAAUAAUGGGCACUACGGCCGAAGUGGCAGGUGCGAUAAUAACGGGGAGAGCAACGACGAAGACGAUGAUAACGAGGACGAUAAUGGAGAUGGAGACAGCGAUCGACAUGGGGAGCGAAGAAACGAUCCGAGUGGAUACCAGAACGAUCGAGUAGACAACCCGUGCGAUCGAAACGGGACGAUGUACUCAAGAAAUAAUGGCUCCUCCGCAUCAGUAACGUCGUCCUAUAUUAACGCAGAUGCCCAGGCAUCGAAUAGCGAUGCUAUGAAACAUCAGUUCCAAAAGAGACGCAAGAGUGGGCGAACCACCUGUCCACCUGGAAACAACAGCAACAAUAGGCGAAGCAGUAACAGUGCUAGCAGUGUCAACUUCGUAGAAGGAGGAAGCAGCAGCAACGGGUAUGGCGAGUAUAAUAACAGCGAAGUCCAGUAUGCCAAUGCAGAGAGGAGGACCAACCUUAAUGUAACGAGAAGAAUAAAAGAGGGUAGCAUUGAAUAUUAUAAUCCGUACACGAUGGGAAUGGGAGGUAGUCACAACAGAUCCGCCACGGAAGCACCUAGUCAUAACCGCGGAAAUUACGACUGCAGUGAUGGUCAUUAUGGAGAUAACUACGGAGGAAGCGGCGCGGGGGGGAACUCCACCAGCAGUCGUGGGGGUGCUAGCCAUGGGGGCGACCUCCUCGGAAGGAACAACAGAAGCAACAGCUACGGGGACAUCCGAAGUAAUGGGGACGGUGGGAACGACGGGAAUAACGGAAACAGCGGAAGCACCAAUAAUCAUGAGACCAACUUAGGCCCCACCAACUCUAUGAUGAAAAAUAUUGGGAAUAAAAGAAAUUACUUGGCCAAUGUGAAUUAUAAGGACAUGGGACCCAACCCCAGUUACUGCAAACAGGGCGACAGCAACAGCCACGUGAGCAGCCACAGGAACAGCUUCAGCAGCGGCGGGAACCACAGCAAGCAAAUAAAGAAGGGCCGAGACUGCGGAGAUAGCGGCGACAGUGGCGAUAGCAACCAUAGCAAUCGUAGCGAUGACCUUGGUAACUGCGACGAUUGCCGUGAUGGCGGCAAUAAUGACGACGGUGAUGACCCCAAUGACCGCAAUGAUCGUGACGACGAGGAGGAUCAAAUGCAGAAGCGACACGUGCACGGCACGAACUCGGAGAUGCUCAACCCGGAGGACAGGAAGAGAGAAGCGGAAAAGUACAAAGUGCUGGGAAACCAAAGCUACAAACUGGGAUAUUUUGAAUCUGCCAUCGACUACUACACGAAGGCAAUUUCAUAUGACAACACUAAUCAUGUGUAUUACACAAAUAGGGCCCUCUGCUAUAAGAAGCAGAAAUUGUGGAAGCUAGCCAACAGUGAUGCAAGACAGGCCCUAAACUUAGAGGAAGAAUCCGUAAAGGCACACUUCAUUCUCGGAUUGACCCUUCUACAUCUGAACAGUUUAGAAGAGGGCUUAAAAAAGCUAACCAAAGCGAAGACCCUAUCCAGCUAUUUAAAAGACUCAAACGAAAGCGAAAUCAACAGAUACAUAUUGCAAGCGAAAAAGUUAAUAUACCUUCGAGACGAACAGAACAAACAGCUAACCUACACCGAGCUGCAGUCCUUCCUAAUUGAUAAAAUUAACUUACUCAAUCAAAUUGGCUACAUAUCGAAUGAGGAGAAGUUUUUACGAACUCAACAGACAGAGAAUCUUUUCAAAGAGGUCUUAAAUUCUUUCCAAAAGAAACAGAUACCGGAUUAUUUGUGUUGUAAAAUCUCCAUGUGCUUAAUGAAUGAACCGGUCAUUACUCCUAGUGGCAUGACUUACGAUAAAAUAUUUUUGUAUGAACACGUUAAGCAUAAUGGGUCAUUCGACCCGGUUAGUCGAGAGCAGUUCUCCAUGCGAGAGGUUAUUCCCAAUUAUGCCAUCAAAGAGGCUACGGACAAUUUUUUGAAGUCCAACCCGUGGGCCUUCGAGGAGUAA